AUGUCCGCCCUCUCGACGCUCCGCUUCGCCACGUUCCGCGUGCCGAACCAGGUCUUCUACCAGAGCGCACUCUCGGCCGGCAUCGUCAACCUCAAGCCCCUCGUCCCUGGUCACGUCCUCGUCAUCCCUCGAAGAGUCGCGACCAGGUUCCGCGACCUGACCGCCGACGAGGUGACCGACCUGUUCCAGAGCGUGCACCAGAUCAGCCGGGUCAUCGAGCGCGAGUACAAGGCCCAAGCCCUCAACAUCGCGCUGCAAGACGGCCCUCUCGCAGGACAGUCGGUUCCUCAUGUCCACAUCCACAUCAUCCCUCGACACGCCAAGGACUUUGAGCCCAUAGACGACAGUGCGUCGCUCGACCUCGGCCAAGAGUUUGCCGACGCCUACGCCUCUCGUCCUACACGAGCCGAGCGCAAGGCGUUUGAGGCCGAGCAUCGAGCCAAGGAGCAGGGCAAGGUGGACGCGCCGUUCGCCGGCAUCGAGGACGAGCGCCGACCGAGGGCGGCCGACGAGAUGCGCGACGAGGCGCAGAGGCUCAGUGAGCUGUUCCCGCCGGAGAACCGCGUCGCGUUUGCAUAG